AAAAGAAACGUAAACACCUCCUGUCGAACUGGAAGCAAAUGUGAUGUUCCUGGAAGCUUAAAGAACUUAACUUCACUAUAUCAGCAUGAUUAAAGCCAUUUUAGUGUUCAACAACCACGGCAAGCCCAGACUAUCAAAAUUUUAUCAAUUUUAUGCUGAAGAUGUAGAACAACAGAUAAUUAGAGAGACUUUCCACUUGGUGUCUAAACGUGAUGAAAAUGUCUGCAAUUUCUUAGAGGGGGGCACGCUGAUCGGAGGAUCAGAUUACAAGCUGAUCUACCGCCAUUAUGCUACUCUAUAUUUUGUGUUCUGUGUUGAUUCAUCAGAGAGUGAGCUUGGAAUUCUAGACCUUAUACAGGUGUUUGUUGAGACUCUGGACAAGUGUUUUGAGAAUGUUUGUGAACUAGACUUAAUCUUCCAUGUUGACAAGGUGCAUUACAUCCUGGCUGAACUGGUGAUGGGUGGGAUGGUCCUGGAGACUAAUAUGACAGAAAUUAUCACAAGGAUUGAGGAACAAAAUAAGCUGGAGAAAUCAGAGAAAGUUUUACAGUUACCAGCUGGAAUAUCAGCUGCCCCAGCACGUGCUGUUUCCGCUGUUAAGGACAUGAACAUCCCACAAAAAAUCAAAGACAUGAAGAUGCCAGACCUGCCAUCCAUCGGCAAUCUAAAGUUUUAAGCACCGACAGCAGAUAUAACGAGGGUGUAUAACUCUCUACUGACAGCAGAUAUAACGAGGGUGUAAAACUCUCUACUGACAGCAGAUAUAACGAGGGUGUAUAACUCUCUACUGACAGCAGAUAUAACGAGGGUGUAAAACUCUCUACUGACAGCAGAUAUAACGAGGGUGUAAAACUCUCUACUGACAGCAGAUAUAACGAGGGUGUAUAACUCUCUACUGACAGCAGAUAUAACGAGGGUGUAAAACUCUCUACUGACAGCAGAUAUAACGAGGGUGUAUAACUCUCUACUGACAGCAGAUAUAACGAGGGUGUAAAACUCUCUACUAACACCAGAUAUAACGAGGGUGUAUAACUCUCUACUGACAGCAGAUAUAACGAGGGUGUAUAACUCUCUACUGACAGCAGAUAUAACGAGGGUGUAAAACUCUCUACUGACAGCAGAUAUAACGAGGGUGUAAAACUCUCUACUGACAGCAGAUAUGACAGGAUUGUAAAACUCUCUACUGACACCAGAUAUAACGAGGGUGUAAAACUCUCUACUGACAGCAGAUAUAACGAGGGUGUAAACUCUCUACUGACAGCAGAUAUAACGAGGGUGUAAAACUCUCUACUGACAGCAGAUAUAACGAGGGUGUAAAACUCUCUACUGACAGCAGAUAUAACGAGGGUGUAAAACUCUCUACUGACACCAGAUAUAACGAGGGUGUAAAACUCUCUACUGACAGAAGAUAUAACAAGGGUGUAUAACUCUCUACUGACAGCAGAUAUAACGAGGGUGUAUAACUCUCUACUGACAGCAGAUAUAACGAGGGUGUAUAACUCUCUACUGACAGCAGAUAUAACGAGGGUGUAAAACUCUCUACUGACACCAGAUAUAACGAGGGUGUAAAACUCUCUACUGACAGCAGAUAUAACGAGGGUGUAUAACUCUCUACUGACACCAGAUAUAACGAGGGUGUAAAACUCUCUACUGACACCAGAUAUAACGAGGGUGUAAAACUCUCUACUGACAGAAGAUAUAACGAGGGUGUAAAACUCUCUACUGACAGCAGAUAUUAAGGAGGUGUACAGUUCUUUACAGUUUAUGAUUCCAUAAAAUUUUUAAGAACCCAACAUUCAAUAAAGAUUUUCAGUCAGGUCUAUUAAAUGUUUAAGUUUGCUUUAAAAUAUAUGUCAAGCAAUAAAGAUUUCAAAAUUCUUUUUAGAUCUUGUUUAAACUUUUGUGAAAAAAUGUGAGUGAAUGUUUCACCUGCUUGUUAAACUUAUUCAUAGUAAACUAUUUUGAUAUGCCCUGACACAAAAUCUUUACUUGUAUGACUCAGAUUUUAUAAUCAAUUGAAAAAAAAAAUUUGUUGAAACUGACAUAAAAUAUUCAGAUUUGUGUAGAGAUAUGUAAGCUCACCACUGUACCGAGUCUGGUGUGUGUACCGGCAUGGUUCAGAGAUACUUAAGGGUAUCACAAUGAGUAUAUGUAGAUGUAUAGUAAGAAACUUGUUAAUCAGGUUGAUAAGCAUGAAUGUUUAAUAGACUUUGGGAAAUCCCAACCAGUAAUCGAUUUAAGGGUUUUUGUUACAGAAUUUCGGAUUUAAGGAGGAUGUUUUUAUGCUCUUGCAUACACUUUCAUCAUAGGUACAUUGUGUUCAUACACCGUAAUCUUACAUUGUUCAAAAAUUGAUAACAACAGGUUUAAAGAUAUGUAUGUUUUAUUCAUUCAAAUUUCAUUCAUAAAUUGGUCUUUUUCUGUUUCAAUUGAUAAUGUCUGACUCAGUAAUGUCAGGACUGAGUUUGCAUGACCUCAAAAAAUGCCUACGUCAUUUCAACUGUUUAUAAAUUAAAGAGCCUUUAUCUUGAGGCACAUCCACAAAAAUAAAUGUUUACCCAUUUCUAAUACAUACAUGGUGCAGUAUUAGUAGUUGAAUUGUUAUAUAAUGGCCAACAUCCAUGAAUGUUCAUUAUAUUUUAUUAUUGUGUAAUGGCUGAAAUCAUGGACGAUCAUUGUAUAAUGGCAGAUAACCAGGGGUGUUUAUGACUACUCUGUGUAACACAUUACCAAUUAUGUCGAGAGUGUAAUCUAUAUGAUUGUAUGAAUGUAACUCUGGAUGUGAAUGAUUUUGGGAAAGAAGAGAAAAAAUAAAUUAUUGGAACAAUAAA